CCACACGAUACGCCAUCCACAUUCCACUCCCGGACAAGCAGGCUGGCAUGCGUCAUCGACCCCAGCCCCGCCGUGCCGCCACCGCCACCACACACGCUAGCGGCUAGCCUCCGCAUUCCGCCGCCGCUCGAGUCUAUCCGCUUCGCCGUAGUCCAUGGAGAUCUCCCUGGACGCGCUGCUGGGCGUGCAGCGGCACGGGCAGGACCUGGCCUACCGGCUCGCGCAGGGCGUCUCGGGCCUCCUCCUCCACGUGCAGCCGCCGCAGCUCCCGUGGCCCGCCCCGCCGCUGCCGCUCAAGCUCAUCCCCUUCGACAUCGAGCUCCCCGCCGUGCCCUUCGUCGGCGGCGGGGGCGUCGACCUCCCCGCCGUGGCCGUCGCCUCCUUCGUCGAGAUCGGCGGACGGCUCGGCCAGGCGGGCUCCGAACUCGGCGCCUCCGUCGGCGGCGCCGUGCAGCAGCUGUCGAGGCAGAUUCCCGUGCCGUUCCGCGCGGAGGGCGCCCGGCGCCGGAAGUGGGAGGGCCCCGCUGCGCCGCCAACGCCAGCGGCGGUGGACGUGGGGGAGGCGGGGCUCGUUGCGGAGAGGGCUGCCGAGGGCGGCGGGGUAGCCUUGGAGGGUGUCGGGGAAAGGGAUUCCCUCGAGGAGGUGGCUGCGGCGGUCGCGGCCGCCACUGGUAGUGCCGCCGCCGCCAGUGCGGUCGGUGUUGGGGCGGCCGAGGGUGCGGAUGGGUCCGAUGAAGAAGAAGAGGGGUUCGAGUUCGAGAUUGGGACUCUGGGAAGAUUUAUGAAGCCUCAGGGGACUGUAAAUGUCUCGGCAAUGUACAAUACAAGGCACCACACUGUUGAUAGUUCAGUUGUUGCACGUGGAGAUUUUUGGAGGUUAGAAUCAUCACGAGGUGGUUCAACUAAUGGAAAUGACAAUGCACCUGGUUUCCUUAUUCAGUUGGGUCCCUUACUUUUUGUGCGAGACUCUACAACACUUCUUUUGCCUAUUAAUCUGUCAAAGCAACACCUCAUUUGGUAUGCUUAUGAUCACAAGAAUGGAGUGCAUUCCUUAUGUCCAGUUAUCUGGUCAAAACAGAAAAAAUGGUUGCUGAUGUCCAUGAUGUGCCUCAACCCAGUAGCUUGUGCCUUCAUGGAUGUGGAAUUCUCAAAUGGGCAAUUUAGAUAUGUUGCUGGUGAGGGGAUAACAGCAAGUGGUUUUCUCCCAUUAUUUGGUGGAUUGCUUCAAGCUCAUGGAAAAAUUCCUGGAGAAACCAAACUGGGCUUCUCCUUCAAGAGCUCGCAAGGCACAUGGUUUACCCCUACAUAUCAAUGGCCUGACAAUUCUCUGUCAUUUGGAGUCGCCCACGCGGUAGCAUGGAAAAAGUCUGGCCUUAUGAUGAGACCCAGCACCCAAGUCAGUGUUUGCCCCACUUUGGGAGGGAGUGAUCCUGGCAUGCGGGCGGAGAUUAUCCAUUCACUGAAGGAAGAAAUCGGUGUGUCGUGCGGCUUCUCUUGCUCGAGACAUCCUUCGGCUUUCACAUCUCUUUCUAUUGGUCGGUCCAAGUUGAACGGUGAAGUUGGGAGUUCUGGGGUAGUGCUCACCAUGGAGAAACCCCUUGACAACAUGGGAUCUCCAUCUUUGUCUGUUCAACUGAACACAGGCCUCGAGUUCUGACCUCGCCCAUUGCCCGUUCCUGUAAACUGCACAUAGAUAAUACUCCCUCCGUUCCUAAAUAUAAGACCUUUUAGAGAUUGUACUAUUAACUACAUACGGAUGUACAUAGACA